AUGAAGUCCAGCUCAGAUGGGGCGAUGGCCGAGAGGGCCAAGGCCCGCUUCGACGCGCACUUGCAACAGUUGCCGGGUUCCGAAGGCGGUGGACCCGCCCCCACGCCUGAAGCCCGUGCGCCGCCCUUAGACGAUGCUGGAAGCAGCCGGCAGAGGCAGCAACGGGGUAACGGCGUGGCCUCUUUUCCCGCCCCGGCAGAGGCGUCAGCUGCGGACCAGGCCACUGCCUCACACGCCGCACCAAAGAUGCAGCCGGGAACGGCCCCUCGGGCCCCUGGCUCCCGCACAGGUACCACCGCCAAGACACCGAGUGGCCGCCCUCCCCGCAAGCGCCUCUCAAUUCCCCGCGUCUCCCAGAUGUUCAUCCAAGCCGUCCAAUGCACCCAAAGCCCUCAGACACCCGAGGACCAAAUUUCCGGAAUCACUACUCCCACGCCGACGAUUAACCCGUGGAUGAAGAGCGGGGCGACGAACUCAACGACGGUGGACGGCGUUUCUUCGCCGACUGCGGUCGGUCCGUCGUCCACGGACGCGGGGUAUCCUGGCGUCGUCGAGGAGGGGUCGUCGGUGUGCGGGGGGAAGAACUCGACGGCGGAGUUCGGGAAGAGGUACGCGGUGCUGAGGGUGAAGGUGAAGCGGUCGUACAGGAAGCGCAGGAUGGAGGUUCGUCGACAGCUGGACGAGAAGCUGUGGAAGCGGGAGGUGCCCCACGUGCCGAAGGUGCAGGCGCGGUCGGUGGACGUCGAAGAGGUCCCCCGGAAGGCACAAAGCCCGCCGAUGAUCGGCUCGCUCGAAGUGGUGCCUUGGACAAACGCGGAGGAGGCCAUGGCGUUCCGAAGCAUCAAGGUGGAAAGCCCGGUCGUCAAUGUGCUCCCAGAACCAGAGUACGAGGAGUCUUGCAUAAACGCCUUUUGGUGCCUGUGGAUCCUAGGAUUCUUGUUCCCGCCCCUGUGGCUGGCCGGCGCGACUGGCGUUCUGACCAACUCCCAGUCCGGCUUCAUCGCCGGAAUGACUAACGUCGUGACGCUGCUGGUAGCCGGCAUCACUAUCGCAAUUUUCACUGUCUAG